UUUAAAAAUGUGUGAGAAGUUGUCAACAAAUAGUGGGGUUAUUUCAUCAGGCGUGAUAUCUAUUGGCUUAGUGAUUGCUUUUUUAGUCUGCCAGGAUGAUCUGUUCUACUCAUUUCAAGGAGAUUUUUUCGAUCGCCUACAAGCCGCACAAAUAUUAACAAGCGUUUUACUCAUUAUCGGCGUUGUUAAGGGAAAAUACAAAUUUUAUAUACCAUGGAUGAUAAGCACCUUGCUCUUGGCUUAUGGAUUACUAUACAAUACUGUUGUGAUUCGCUUUGAAGAAAUGGUCUACCGGAUCAUAUAUAUUUUAAUUGGUGGUUAUCUGAUUUGUGCUCUUAAUGGUGCCUAUAACUCAUUUGAAGAAAUGCGUAAUGCCAACCAACCAAAUGCUGUGGUUGAAUCGGAAAAACUGCCGACAUACCGUCCCCCGGACGAAAAGGCAUAUACAAUUGAUAUAUGAAAAAAUAAUCGAACCAAGCUCUUAGCAGCAUCUAAAAAUUAUUAAUAUUCGUACACAUAAACAUGCAAAAAUAUUUUAAACAAACCCUGCAUACUAUGAUCUAGGUGAAAGGCAUUAAUAAUAUACGUAUAUGUAUAUAUGUGUAUAAAUGUUACUUCUUAAUAAAUAUUUCGUAUUGUUUCCAAAUCAUAUACUUGUA